GUUUGCCGCAUGGAAGUCGCCCAGGCUAGACUGAAUCUUCUCUCCCUGACUCGGACUCCAUUGGCCAUUCCGCGGCAGCGACAGCGAACCCAACGCCACAUGAGUCGGGACACGCGCCGGGAUGUAACGGCAUCUAUCCGCUGACCGACUGUAAAAAAAAAAAAAAAAAAAAAGAGACAGAGAGCGAACGAGAGAGAGAGAGAGAACCAGAAUCCCGGCAUCAUUCCAGCAGAGGGAAGGAAGUGGAUUGGGGGGCGUUGGGGGAAUGUUUCUCACUCAGAUGUAACAACCACAGAAAGCAGGGAUCGCCAAGUGCGCAAAAGCCGCUUCUUCCUGAGAACAUCAUUACGCACGGCGCUGCGCUCUCUCUCGCUCCCCCCAGCCCCCCAAUUUCUUUUUUAUUUUCACGUCUUUUCGUUCCCUCCGUUCACUGCACGGACUGACCGGAGGUUGGAUGUACAUGUGUGCGCGCGCGGCGGUGGGGACUUCCAUGGUGUGAAGUCCAGAUUUUUUUUCCUUUUCUUUCUUUCUUUCUUUUUUUUUUUUUGCCAAGCGACCCAACUGGAGGCUCGAAACUGAGAAAAUCCGUCGCCCUACUGGAAUAUUAACAACCCAGUCUUAGCAGCGGCCCAGGGGAGUUGCGGGGAGGGAAGAUGUUGCUGCUGCACCAGCAGCAGCAGCAGCAGAGUUUGGGACUCUAGAGAGCUUCCCCAACUUUUCUUCUUUUUUUUUGUUGCUUUCUCUCCCCUCCUCUGGCUCCGUUUCUAAUCUGUUUUCCUCUGAUCAUCUUCGCCUUUGGGACUUUCUGUUUGAUUUGCAGCUCAACGGAAUCGGUCAUGGACCGCUCCACGUCUUUGGAUAUCGAAGCGCUCAAGAUGACCCAGGAGCAGUACAUCCUCGCGGCCCAGCCGAACCCCCUCCACCAGCGAGGCGCGUCAGAGUGCAGUGGCCAGGUCUACCCAGCAGUCGGCAUCUACGGCUGGAGGAAGAGAUGCUUGUACUUCUUCAUCCUCCUCCUACUUGUCACCAUGAUUGUCAACCUGGCACUCACCAUCUGGAUUCUCAAAGUCAUGAACUUCACUCCGGAUGGCAUGGGGAACCUGCGAGUUACCAAAGAAGGGAUCCAACUGGAGGGGGUGUCCGAAUUUUUGUUGCCCUUAUACGUCAAAGAGAUCCAGUCUCGAAGGGACAGUCCGCUGAUUCUCCAGUCAGACAGAAAUGUGACGGUCAAUGCUAGAAAUGAUCAGGGACAACUGACUGGUCAGCUCACCGUGGGUUCGGAAAUGGUUGAGGCCCAGUGUCAGAGGUUCGAAGUGAAGAGCGCUGAUGGCGAGAGAGUUCUGUUUUCUGCAGACGAGGAAGAGAUCAGCAUCGGAACAGAGAAACUUAAAGUCACAGGGGAUGAAGGAGUGGUUUUUAGCCAUUCUGUCGAGACUUCGCAUGUCAGGGCAGAGCCAUUUCAGGACCUUAAACUAGAGUCCCCAACUCGAACCUUGACGCUAGAAGCUCCCAGGGGGGUAGAGGUCAGUGCUGGAGUGGGCGACUUCACGGCUUCCUGUAGGAAAGACCUCCUCUUGCAAUCCUCAGAUGGAGAGAUCUUUCUAGAUGCCAACACAAUCAAGCUGGGCAACAUCCCCCUCGGCAGUGCCGUAGACCCACUGGAAGGGGCCCCUCCAGGCACCACUUACACCAAACAGACUGUGUACGAGCUCUGUGCCUGCGCUAAUGGCAAGCUCUACCUGUCCCCAGCUGAGGAGGGAUCCACCUGCCAAACCACUAGUAACUUUUGUCUCUGGAGUUGAAAAUUAGAGGCUCGUAAAGAGACAGGACAUAUGGACUAACAAGCUUGGAGCUGACGCUAGCCAACAGACCGCAGGAUGAAGGAACGUGUGUGUUUGGAUUGAAGCCAUCGACAGCUAAGCUAAGGGUCGGAAUCAACAAGGACCGACGCAUGGCGAAAGGGUGACGCAUGUUCGGCAAUCGAGUGACACGGAUUCGCAAAUGGUAGGGAGGUGACGGUUGCUAAGGGAUGGGAUCAACAAGAAAUGUGGGGCUCGGUAUCAAGGAACAGCCCACUAAAGGACUGAAUCAACAUGGAAAAGAGCCUGUGUGAGGCCGGUGCCAGCAGCACACAAAUCAAAUUAAUAAGGAUUGGUCUGUGGCCAAUGCGAGUAACAAGGAUGAAUGACUUGGCAAGACACAAAAGAUGGUUUUUAUACUAAGACCACUCAUGGACAUAAAUGGGCAGUCUAAGGCUUGAGCCUUUGCUGGCCGUCUCUUCCUUUUGCAUUUUGCAGCCUGGAGAGACCCUUCAAGUCCUGAGGAUUAUUCAUGGGAUUUGCAUUGUUUGUUCUCUGUUUGACCAAACUAUCAAGGAGAAAAAAAACAAGCUUUUGUUUUGUUUUGGGUUUUUUUUGUUGGGUAAACAGAAUAAUUGUAAACUGAAAAUACCACCCGGGGGAGGUGGACAUGUGCUCCUGGUUAACAUAUCAGUUGGCUACAGUGAUAGACGUGAGUGAACACGUUGGCUCAGCCCAGUGGGUAGCUAAUAAAAUUUAAUCAGACAAUGGGUUUUGUCUUGUGGGAAGCUAAAGGCUGCCCAAUGGACCAAUCUAUACCAGAAAGGCCUUCCCCCAAUGCCCGUCCCUUUUAGUCUUUCAACCCAACAUUGUUACGUGAACCUUUUGCAUCGGUGUACAAAUGAUAGUAACAAUGUUCUCCAACCCCACUUUCCCUACUGGAUAACCAAUGCAAAUAAUUGCGCUUUAACCCUUGCAUUCACCAAAUUUUUUUCUCAUGGAUUUUCAACUCUUUAAUGUCUUUUAUCUCCUUUCGUUGGUUUUUUUCCCCCCGAAUCAUGUCUUUUGCUGGUUAACCUCUUGACAUCCCUUGUAAACUUAUGUUCUCACCCAUCUAUCAAUACAUCUCCUCAGCUUUUUUCUCUGUCCACCUUGUUUUCUAUUUAUCCAACAGCGCUUGACUGCUAAAAAAGGCAGAUCGUGAAAAAUGACGGGGGCGGGGGAAUAGGCGUCAUCUCUUUACAGGUGAAUCAGUUGUACUAUAAAUCCUUGACCUCAAAAUUUUGAAUCUUUUCCUCUUCCCUCUCUCUUUUUUUCUGCAUAUUUUAAAUCCAAAAACAUCAUCUUUUUGUUACAUGAUCUAUUUGAAUUAACUGAAAAUGAUAGAGAAAUGUGAAUCUUAAGUUAAAUUGAAGUUCUUAUGGGUGCUAUAGGGAAAAAAAGACAAGUUUUUGUAACUCACUGAAAAUUCCAGUAAGAGAUGUCAGUGGCAGAUGACGUUUAGUCGUAUUAAUAAGAAUGAAAUAUUUUCAUCCUAUUUUAGAAACCUUUUGCUGCUGUACUUCUUUUCAAACACUCAUUGUUCAGUGAGCUCAGUUUUAUGAUCUUUACUAGGCUUGCCUUUGUCUGCAGAAUAUCUGCUUUCCGUCUCUACUUCUCGUCCAUCAGUAAGGACUCAUCUUGUCUUUUUAUCACAUCUUUUACUUAUCAAUCAUUCAGUGACAUAUCUUCAUAUUGUUUCCUCCAUCCUAUUUCUUACAUGCUCAUUUGUUACUCUUUUCUUUUUUUUUUUUGACAUUGCACACUUUGAUGCCAGGAAAUCUGACCCCUAUUUUGAAACCCAUUUUAAAAACUGCGGCUGUAUCACAGGAGAGGUUGGGAAACCGAAACACAUUUCUUCAACACUCUGAAUGAUUUCCAGCUGACUAAUCUUUCACCCAUCAUUUGCGACAGUUCAAAAUGAUAAUAAGCAUUCACGUGUGGUAGAAACCUAAGGACAAUAACUGUGGAUGGAGGUUGGUUGUGUCUGUGCGUGCGUGUGUGGGCGUGUGUGGGUGUGCGUGUGUGUGUUGACUCAACUGGAACAAGGCCCUGAGGCAUUCUUUCUUUUUUCCUUUCUUUUAACAAAGUUAUACACUGGUGCCUUUGCUACUGUUGGUAAAAGCACAUCACAGUUGGAAGAUUCACACUACCCUCAGCGGCCCAUCCGUGUCUCUGAACUAUUAUCAAUCUGCCUACCUAUCUAUUUAAUUUUCUGACUUUUUUCCUUCCCUUUUAUCUUCAUUUUGUAGAAUUCUCAGUAUAUCCACCAGACAAAAAAAAAAAAAAGAAGAGGAAAACAAUUCAAUAAUGGAUAAAAGUUUGAAUUUUAAUUUCCUGAUGUGUUCCCUUCUGGUUUAUUCUUGAUAGUAAAAAAAGCACAACUUAUGCCAUGUAUAUAACAAUACCAAUAAUACAAAAUAAAAUAUUGUU